AUGACUCGAUACGGGACCCACGUGCCACCAACUUUGGACAGUCCCUCCAAGCAGCUUAUGCUUGACCUUGUCCGGGAGCUCGAGCAAGUUCGGCUUUUCGAUGAGGACCUGAAGAAGGUCCAUGCCUACGAGCGAAAAUCCUACUACGAAAAUCUCGACCGCGUCGACCGCGAACGGGAAGCAAUCCACACCGCCGCUCUCGAUGAGGUUGCAGCUACCCGUACCCGUGUUCGCGAGGAAGCCGAAACAACUCUGAAGAAUCACAUCCUAGCCGAAGAGGAAGAACGCCUGCGUAAGGAGGCCGCGAUUCGCAAGGAGAAAGAACGCGUCGAACGUGAGAAGGCCGAGAAGGAGCGGCUCAAACGAGAGGCAGUUGAGCGCGCUGAGGCCGAGCGCAAAGCCAAGGAACAGGCCGCACAAAAGGCCAAAGAAGAGGCCGAAGCAAAAGAGGCUGAAGCCGAACGAGCACGCAAGGCCGCGCUUGAUGAGAAGCUUCGCCAGGAGCGCGAGCAAGCAGAUGCCACCAAGAAGAAGGAAGAGGAGGCUGCUCAGAAGGCCCAACAAGAGGCCGAGCAGCAGGCACAGUCCAAGCAGCAGCAGAGCCUCGGGGCUGGAACCCUCUCCCCUGAAGAAGUCCAAACUCACCAGCGCUAUGUGGAGCUUCACAAGACUCUGAAGGAGAUGCGCCUGUGGCUUUCUGGUAUGGCAAAGGGCGAACCCGCCCUCAAGAAGGCCAUGGGAGAUAUGCGCCGUUCUAUCAAAAAGUCCGUUGGACAACUUCGAAGUGGAACUGGAGCGAAUAAAAACCAGAUCAACCAGAUCAAAGGAGACCUUCAAAAUGCUUUGGCAUUCGCUCAGCCGACCGUCGACAUUGCCAAAUUCAUUGCCUUCCCGUCCCAAGAGCUGGCGACCGAGGAGAAUAAGGUGCCUGCUAUGCUGAUCUACGGUCUGAAUGUCUUCUCUAAGAGUUUGAUUUCCUCCCUUCUUGCAGAGGCAGCCAUCAAACAAUCACAUGCCGAACCAAUCGGGAUCAUCGCAGCUCAAAUCUUCUCCUUCGAUAUCUUCACCUACAAGGGACUCCACAUGUCUGAUAUUCUGUGGGCUAAGUACCGAGUCGUUUGCCCUGCUCUGUGGGGAUUUACCGGCAACGACAAGACCGAAGGAGGUCGCCGUACCCUAGGUUGGUGGCGCUUGCCUGAUACCAAAGACUGGAUCACCGAGCAAAACCACAUGGACCGCAUGACUGCCCUAGGCGCUGGAUUCGCUGCCAUCACCCUUCGCAAUUUCGGAAAGACGACCCGCCAAAACCCCUUCCCUAAUACUAUGUUCUGGACGACGAUGAGCAAGAUCCUGGCGAUUCCUCCCGCGGAAUUGCAGGAGACGCAGAUCGCCCUACUGGCUGCUCUGCUACGAUCGUCUGGCGAGCGGAUCAUGGGCUUCUUCGGGCAGUACGGCCUCGCCCUUAUGCACUACGCCAUCGUUGAGCUUCCGCGCAAAGUCCAGCGGGAGAGCAUGGCUCUGACGCAGCUGACUACACUCAAGGAGCUCUACAUGCGGGAGAAGAACAUUGCGAUUUGA